AUGGCUGAAAAUGGCAACCCUACUCCUGAGGUUGUGAAGGCUUCCAACUUCAGGAGCAGUACCCCUGCUAGAAAGCGGCUUUGUAUCGGUCCCCCCAGCUCUCCUUUGCUAUCAGAGAGUUCAAUUGCUCAACCAAUGCUUAUGUAUGUUAGUGAUAAUGUUUUAAUGAUCGGCAUAAGUUUUUAUCACACACCACAGGGCAAGGGUCAUGGUUCAGAGGUCACUCACCUGACAACAAGUGCUAUAAUCAAGGUGUCUCCCCCUGUGAAGAAGGCUGGACUGAUUCUACCUUCACAGGGUAAGGAUAGAGAGCCUGAUGGACAACAGACCUCUCGGAGGAUGAGCUGGAAACAAAGAAACCCAAGGAAACUGCGCUUCAGUAGUCGGGGGUCUGAUGAUGGAACCCCUGGGAAAGUGAGCCCAUCACCAAGGUGGGGUCAUAAUGUUGUCCUCUGUGACCCCGACACAGUAAUCCUGAUUGGUGGCGAGGGAAUAAAUCAGAAGCCAUGUCAGGAUGCUCUCUGGAAGAUUGAGAUCCACAGUGAUUUCUGGUUCCCCAUGGAUGGACUGUGCUCAGGGACUGUCCCCCAGUGUUCUUUGGGUCACACUGUAACUUUUGACCCUGAGACCAAAAAAGUGUACGUAUAUGGAGGGAUGAGAGAAGGUCGCAAGUUCAGCAGUAUUUAUGUGCUGGAUACACUAGACUGGAAAUGGAAUCUGCUCACUGCUGGGGGUAAGGUGCCAACCUUGGCUUAUCAUACUGCCACUAUCUACCAGAGAGAGCUGUAUGUAUUUGGGGGACUGUGCCCGCAGCCAGGCUCUGAAUAUGGAUCCUGCACAAAUUCCCUUUAUAUCUUCAACCCUGAGUACAAGAUCUGGUACCAGCCCAUUGUGGAGGGAGAGAGGCCUCUGCCAAGAUACGGUCACAGUGCCACAUUGCUGGGCAAUCGUGUUGUGAUAUUUGGAGGACGGCGGUCUCCAUCUCCAAUCUAUUUUAAUGAUGUUUACAUCCUUGAUCUAGGUUAUAUGGAGUUUAUUCCACUUCCAGAUACGUCUAACAAACCUUCCCCACGAUGUUUCCAUGUUUCAAUGCGGGUGUCUGAACACAAACUGCUGAUUCAUGGCGGCUGCUCUACUCUUGGUGCACUGAAAGAUGCUUUUAUCCUUAAUGUGGAUAACUCUUCCUGGAGCUCAAUUAAGUUUGGGGACACCCUUCAGCCACCCCGUGCUGGUCACACUUUGUUGAACCUCUGCGCCUGCUCACUGACUGACUCUGACAAGGAGAAGGGAAGAUCUCGGGGCCAAUGUAGUGUCCUCCUUAUCGGCGGUUCUGAUGGCUCUGGUAACUUUUAUAACGACACUUUGAAAAUUCAGUUGGCCUUGACUGAAUGA